AAGCGCAUGUUAGGGUAAACAGCUCUAAAAAGAACAACGCGCGUGAAUUCACGCGACCUAAUCGUUUUUCUCUUUGCAACCAUAGGAAAACAAAAACACACUCUUUAUCUAUCAAUUCUCUUCAAUUCACCGACGUUUCUGUCCCUUCUCUCAGAUCUAUUUUCGAUUUGACCUAAUCUUGUUGUUAUGAUUAGAAGGGAUCAAACGUCUGCGCCAUCUCUGGUUGAUCUUUGUGUUCAGAAAGCUAUAGAUAAAGUAAGGUACCUUGGAAAUGUUGGUCCUGUUGAUCAUCAUCUGCUUGAGCGAAUCUUGCCGCACUGCACACUUGAUCAGUUGAUGCGCGUGGAGAAGGCCAGCAAAGGGACUGACUUGAGCCCUGUAACCGAUAAAUUGUGGAAAAAGUUCUUUGAAAAGCAGUUUGGUAUAGAUUGCACAAAUGAAGCAAUUAAGAAUAUGUCAAAAAAAAGAGUAUCAUUCAGAUGGUUGCAAUUGUAUGAGGCUAAAGUAAAGGAUAUAGCUCAGGCUGAGAAGGAAUUAGUUGAUAAAAUCAAGCGAAAGUACAAGGAGGCAGAUGCAAAAAAACAGAGCCGGCAAGUAAAGAUAUGCACCAAAACUCCACCUUCAAGUAAAAGAAGAUUUUGGGGAGAUAAUGGACCUGGAUACAAUGUGUCAAAUGUGAAGAGCAACAUAAUGAAGAAAUCAAAGAUUGAGUUUCUUAAGUGUCGCGAGGUAAAAAAUAUUGCAGCAAUUAACAAAAAUUCUAUCCAUAGAACUGCUAGUUCAUCAAGCUUCGCGAGGAGUGGAAGUAUGUCUAGAAUUGGUUCAAGUUCCAAAGAUCCCAAAUCUUCAAAAAGGUUAUUUUAGAGGCAGACUGUGUAAAAUAGCAAUGCUAUGUAUCAUUAUUUGGUUUAAAUUGUGAUCAUAGCAUCAUUUCAUUUAUCUUGAUGCUAAUAAAAAUUGUAUUAUCAUUGUUUGCUUCUAAAAUUUGCUUGAAUUUUAUGUACUAUUGUAUUUGCUGCGUAGAUAGAAUGAAAUUAUCCAUAGUUGUUUGUAAUCUGUUGAUUUCCAUAGUUGAAAAUGCGUACUUAUUUUUAGUGUGCUUCUGGUAUAAAUUAGUACUAUUUUAAGCAAAA